AUGGUUCUCUUCCUUAUACAUGCUGUUGAUGAAGGCAAGACUAUAGAUCACAACUAUUAUAUAGAGAAUUGCCUCAAGCCUGUUAUCAAAGAAAUAUGGAAACAAAGAAAGUCAAAUGGUACAAAAGGUAUAAAAUUGCUUCACGACAAUGCUCGACCUCAUCGUCAUUCCGAUAUUAUUGAUUAUUCAACAGAAGAAGGUAUCAAUAUAAUGCCGUAUCCACCAUAUUCAUCUGACCUUGCACCGUGUGAUUAUUGGCUAAAUGAUUACAUCAAACGAAAUUUAACUGAUCAACCAAAUGAAAAAUCAUUGGUUCGUGCGGUUUCCAAGAUAAUAAAAAAUAUUCCAGGAGAAGAAUUAAAAAAAAGCUUCUAACAAACUAUUAGAAAGGAUGGAACUUUGUUUAAAUAACCAUGGUGCCUAUUUUGAACAUUUAAUAAAAUAAAACCUGAACUUUCUCUUUCUUUUUAUAUUUUUUUAAAAAUUGCAG